AUGGAGAUGAACCAUUCGCAGGCCUCGAGCUCGCCAUCGGCGAAAAAGAAAGUACAAAUGGAGAGGAUCAUCGAUAUGGAGGACGUAACAGUAUCGAUUCCGAAUAGUUCAAAGCGUACGACUAUGACUUCUCUGCUCUUAACACGAUGGUUGGCGUCGAAGAGCCCGCAUCAUACAGAAGUAGAGACAAACUGGUCCUCCGACGAUCAAAGUUUGGAAUAUGGAACUCCGCCUCCUAUCGAAGAGCCACAUUGCUAUUCUAUGUGUGCCAGUGAGAGCUCUUGUACAGAGGAAAUAAAUUGCACCUUGCAGGUAAACAAAGAUAUAAUCAAGAAUCUGUUAGUGGAGCAUAUGAGACACAUCGGUGGUCGAUUGCAACUCCUUGACGAUCUGGAGGAGAAUAAAACGGAUCUAAAGAAUCCUGAGCAUUUCGUAAAAUACUAUAAGCAACAAGAAGUAAACGCUUUGCUACUUCACGCCAGUUUCCUUGGUCGGAUAGACGCGAUUGCUGGAUUGCACAAGUGCGGGGCGGAUUUAAACCACUCGGAACAAGGACAAGGACUAACUCCGUUACACUUAUCCGCAUUCAGUAACUCUUUAGAGAGUGUACAAUAUUUGCUCACUAACGGUGCCAACAUUCAUCUGGGACGAACUCAUACACCCUUUCAUUACGCUGCUUUUGGAAAUGCUUUUAAAGUAGCUCAAUAUUUCCUUCAGCUAGGCGUCAGUCAGGAAUCUCCUUGCGGAGAAGAGACCGUGUUACACACUGCGGCCAGAUCAAACGCUUACAACGUAUUAAAGCUACUGGCAUCUAAUAAUCAUACCUUGAAUAAUUUAGAUUGUAAUGGGUACGCUGCUAUACACCACGUAGCGGACAGAGGAGAUCCAGCUGGCUUGUUGGUACUACUAGAAGCAGGUUGUGAGCUAGAUCUGAUGACUAAAAAGGGUGACACUGCGCUACAUCUCGCAGCGGAGUCUAGUUGCGUGGAAAAUGUCGAUCUAUUGGUAGAAAGAGGUGCAAAUGUUCACUUGAAGAAUCAUAGAGAUCAGACAGCUUUACAUAUAGCUUCUCGAUCUCAUUCCUUGGAAUGCGUGGAAAUAUUGUUAAAGAAAGGUGGCUGUGAUCCUAAUAUCGAAGAUAACGACGGAAGAACGCCUUUACAUCUCGCAUUAGGUAGAUCGUUGCUGGCUUAUGACGUGACGGAAUUGUUAAUAAUGUGGAAAGCAAAUAUCAAUAAAACCGAUAAAUACGGUUAUACACCGCUUCAUAUCGCUGCUCUGAACGAAUUGUCUCAGUGUGUGGAUAUCCUGAUACAGCAUGGAGCGGAUCUUAGCGCUAGAACGAAAGGCGGGACUAGCGCAUUAUCCAUUAUCUUACGUAAAACGCCGACUUCUUUGAACGUCUUUAAACAAAGAUUAGAUGCCUCGAUAACGCUUCACCAGCAUGGUUCAGCCACCGGGGAGGCGGAGCUUCGUCUUGACUUUCAUCCUCUACUAAUGCACCAGCAACAAGGCGAAAUAAGAUAUCUCGGGACAUUCGUGAAAGAAGGAUACAAAGAGAUUCUAGAACAUCCGCUCUGUCAGGCAUUUCUCCAUUUAAAAUGGCAGAAGAUCCGAAAGUAUUACGUGGGUAGACUAGUCUUCUAUCUAUUUUACGUUCUCAUACUCACAGGAUGGGUAAUGACUGCUUUAGCGCAUAACUGUUACAACGAGUCGCACGGUCAAUUAGACAACACCCAGCCACCAUUAUGUGCAAAUACCACUGGUAUCAACGGGUUUCUUUACAGGCACCCAGCUUUACUCGAAAUGGAAUGGUAUGCAUUAAUGGUGCUCACAAUUCUCGAAGCAUUUCGAAAAUUGACCAGCAUUCCAACGUAUCCCUCCGUCCGCCAGUUCUUCACGCAGGCCGAAAACAUGGUCGAAUGGUGCGUGAUCCUGAGCGUAUUUGCCACUUCUUUUAUCUAUACGGGCAGAACGUAUGCGUGGCAAAGCCACGUAGGUGCAUUCGCCGUGCUUUGCGGCUGGAGCAACCUUAUGCUAAUGAUAGGACAGUUGCCAAUUUUCGGAGCGUACGUCGCGAUGUUUACCAGUGUUCAAGCACAAGUAUUCAAGCUUUUGUUAGCGUAUGCUUGUCUCUUAGUAGGCUUCACCGCAAGCUUCUGCGUGAUUUUUCCACGCUCGAAAUCGUUUAGCAGCCCUCACAUUGGUCUGAUCAAAGUUUUGGUCAUGAUGACCGGAGAGUUAAAUUUUGAGGACCUGUUCUUUCCUCGGGAAGAAGAUGGGAAAUCGAUCGAUUCAGGCGGUACCUCUUGGAUUCUACUCCAAGUUUCCGCACAGUUGUCAUUCGUGUUGUUUCUUCUGUUCGUUACUAUCGUGUUGAUGAAUCUACUGGUAGGCAUCGCAGUUCACGAUAUAAAAGGACUACAGAAAACGGCGGGACUUGCAAAACUCGUUCGCCAGACGAAGCUUAUUUGCGACGUAGAAACGGCACUUUUUCUCGGACUGAUACCAAAACGACUAACGAAACUUUUACGAUGGACAGCUCUGCUUCUACCUUCGCCCUUGAGAGCAGUUUUAACCGUUCGUCCCCUGAACCCGAGAGAAAGUAGAUUGCCUCGUGAUUUGUUAUCUGCUGCGCACAAGGUCGUGAAGGAUAGAAAAAAUAUGUCUGGAACAUUGUGCAGCAGGAAGAGCAACGCUACUGCAUAUACGUAUUUAAAAAGCGAGCCAUAUUCGACAUUUCGUCGACGUUCUCCGGAAGAAGACGUAUCCGUCGAUGAUUACUCGGUCAAAGGAGAUUUGGCAGAAUUGAAAAAGAUCUGCGAUAAAAACCACCAACUUCUUCAGGAUGUUGUGAUGGCAUUGAUGAACGACAAGCGCAUCGUUAACAAAGAAAAGGAUGAGAAUAAUUAAGUUUUUACUCUGAGAAUUCUUAGAAUCUUAAUAGCAAAGAUAUAUCGUGUGAAUAAUCUGAGGAAGCUUAAAUCACCCAAUUGACCUUAGAAAUACAGGAAUUGUACAUACGUACGUUUAGAAUUUUAACAGUAAUCCUCAGGCCAUUUUAUAGUACUAUAUUUUUCACAAUCUUGAAGAUUCGCUUAUAGAAGAUGACAAUUACGUGCUUUUAAUAUUUGGAUCAAUGUAUAUUGACUAUCGAGUCUUCGCUCAAAUUUUAUAAAACGCAACAUAAUCUUCUGGCAAUGAGAGAGAAUAAAAAAAUUGAAAAUCCAAAUGAUUAAAACGAACGUGUGUAAUCAACAUUGAGGAUCGUUGAUUAAACAUAUGUUUUGCAUAUUUUUAAAGCAAAAUUCAUAAAGAGUCAUAUAUGGAGUGGAAACAUUGUAAUUUAACUACUAAAUUUGUUCCCUUCCUUUCUUUUCUAAAUUUUUAUAAUUCUCAUGAUUGGUGAUUUUAAAUCCUUUGCGUGUCAAGAAUGUCACGACGAUUUACGUAACGUCGUUAUAAAUUUGUGGUAAAAGUUGAAAAAGAAGCUUGAGAUGAAAUAUUUAAAUAAUAAUAUAACGAUUAUAUUUUGAUGUAUGGGUUUGUACCCAAUAUUUGUAAAAUAUUGUAUUACAACGCAUUAAAGUCCGUCCAUAUUAUGAACAAAACUAUAAAAAUACGUAGCAAUCAGAUAGAGAACUAACAGAAUAAGCUGAACACAACAAAGUAUUUUAAUACUAUUUAAUUUUAUACUUAUAAGAAUAUCUUAAUUGUAUAAAAAGUUGUGUAAAUAAGACCAUGUACUAUAUAUUUUAGCUUUUUUUUUAAAUCUUAAUUUAUUACUAAAAAAUAUAUACUUUUUUUAAACAGAAAAAUAUUUUUUUUACAACAAUAUUAAGAAAACAGAGUUUCAUCAAAGUAAUUAGUGCGUUAGAUGUUUGGAAAUGACUCAUGUCUAGAUAUAUAAGAAAGAAAAUAUAAAUAUUUAUAUAAUGAAAUCUUUCAAAAGGUACAAUUUAUGCAACGACACAAGCAUCGAAGCUUUAAAAACUUAUUAUAGCUUUAAAAACUUUUGUAAAAUUUUUUAAAGUUAAUUGUACGUCGAGUUUAGAGUAGCUUCGUUUAAAUAUUACCUUCGAUAUUUGAAAGACUUUGCUAACAAUAUUAACUUUAAUUUUGUUUUUCAUAUAUAAUAAUAAUCACAGUGUAAUGAUUGCAUAAACAUUACGACAACGAUAAUUAUAAUUGUAAGUUGAAGUUUAGUUUUUUCGAUAUAUGAAUCAUACUGUUCUGUAUGUAUGUAUUCGACCUAUGUAUGUACCUGUUUACAACUUUAACCGUAAAUAUAAUUACAUGACAGUGAUUGGAAUUCGCGAUAGCAUUCAGUCGUGGUAAUGAUUCAUUAUCUUAGAAAGUAACAAUUUAUUAUUGAACACU